ACGAGGUGUUUGGGCUUCCGUUUCAGACCACAUCGAGAUCCUGUCUCUACGCAAAGUUACUGACAUAAAAAGACGAAGCACAGGAGCCAGUUCUUCUGCGCACCUCACAUCUUCGUAUACGGCAGCACUCUCAUCAGCUCCGCAAACGUGCAGUCAUCAUGAACUGGCUGAAGAAAAGCGUGGGUCUCACAGACCACCACUAUGGCCCCGAGGGAGUGCAUUCGGUCGCCCAGCAAGCGAAAGAGACGCCCUAUACCGAGCUCACCAAAAAUGACCUGGCGUGGGAGGUCAUGAGCGGCACCAAUGUCGAGACCAAGACCUUCUACGUGGCCACCGACAGCGGCCAUAUCGCCAUGGUCCAGGUCAUCUACAGUGAUGUGAUGGGCGUACGGACAACAGCGCAGUUCAGCAGCAAAAUCUUCGCGAAAGAUGGCGGGAAAGAUCACUUGUGGGCGUCGGAUAACCUGUCCAAUUACUCCUUCUCUCAGGACAAGCAGAACUUCAAGGCCGAUGGCUGCUCGAUGGAUUUGAGCGAGGAUGGCAAGACAUACCACAUCAAGUCGAAUACGAACAAGACGGCCAUCGUGGACGUGAAGUGGACGCAAAGUGCUCCCGGGUUUGUUGUGGGUAAGAAUGGCAAGACUCUGUUCGGAACCGAGAAGGAGAAGCCGUGGGGCAGCAUGAGACAUGCAUUCUGGCCCAGGUGUCGAGUCGAGGGAACUAUCAUGACCAAGGACGGACCAUUCGAUGUGAAAGGCACAGGCAUCUUCAUCCACGCGCUGCAGGGAAUGAAGCCACACUUUGCUGCUGCCAAGUGGAACUUCAUCAACUACCAGUCGCCCAACUACUCCGCCAUCAUGAUGGAGUUCACCACGCCGCCGUCUUAUGGCUCCACGUCCGUCAAUGUUGGCGGUAUCGCCAAAGAUGGCGAGCUGAUCUUCGCCAGCUCAGACCCGGGUGUCAAGGUUGAGCAUACCGGCAUCAAAGGUGAUGAGGAGAACGACUGGCCCGAACCGAGUGCAGUCGCUGCCACAUGGGAUGGCACAACCAUGGACGGCAAAGCAGUCCACGCAGAGCUGAAGAAUGACCUUUCACGAACCGAUCGCGUAGAUGUCAUGGGUGAAGUCCCAAAAUUCGUCAAGCAGAUCGUCGCCGGUGCCGCCGGAACAAAGCCAUACAUCUACCAGUACAACCCCAAGCUGAAGCUGCAGCUCAAGAUCGGCGACGAAGUCAUCGAGGACGAAGGGCAUUUGUUCAUGGAGGCCACCUUCAUUUCCUAGCGUCUUGGACCGGUCCUAAUAGAUGAACGAAGCAUUGGCAUUAUGGAUGGUAGGCACGACCACCUCUUGGCAUUUGAACUUUUGAUGGAGUUGCGAAGGGCUCUUUGGUGAGCGCAAUAAUGGACACGAACUGCACACUGAUACCUACAACCUGAAGAUACCACCCUAUUCACGGUUAAUGACAAUGAGGAUAGAUUUGACUCCGCGCGCGGAGCUGUUUCGUUUGCUCCACUUCACUUC